UAAAUCACGAUAAUUUUUUUAGCUUGAAUCAUUUCGCUGAAGUACCGUCCUUUGCAUCAAAUUAUAUACAUCCAUAUAUGCGUUUUAUUGCAUAUCUUGUUGGUAUAACCGCGGGUGCAAUACUUCACGAUUAUAGAGGAAUAAAACGGGAAAUACCGACAUUCUGGUCGCAUGUAUUGGUUUUUAUAUUGCCUUUAACUUUGACUGUCACAUUUCAAUUGUGGGCGCAUAGAUUUUUUAUGCCAUAUACCGAGUGGUCACCUUUAGAAGGUGGAUUUUGUUCAUUCUAUCAGAAAUUACUAUUUGCAGUUUGCACUUGUGCUACGAUAGUUGUAUUAUCCCUUGACAACCGUUUAACAUUUUACCACAAAUUUUUGACACCUAAUUGGGUCCAAAUAUUAGGAAAAUUAACUUAUGGAGUUUUUCUAGUGAGUGAUAUAUUUCACAUUUACAACAACGGACGAAGAAGAAGCGCUAGAAUGUUCUCCAAUUAA